AAGCUCCGUCGCUUUUUGUUUCGCACAAAAAGGACCUAUUUCUCUCGUAGUUAUCUCGAACGACAGACGCGACUACUUUCAAGUUUCAAUUCGUGAAAUUUCUAUAAAGUACGAACUUUAACAGCAAUGACCGACCAUGAACAACCGAAUGUCCAGCGUCUCCGAUCAAUUCGUACAUCUCUUGUGGAACGUCGCCUGUUGGAUCUGGGAGACCAUCGAGCUGAUCCUGAUCAUUAUACUCGACUACUUAGCGAGGCUAAUUGAACUAAUACUCGUGUUGAUGAAGCUAACGUUUCAGGUGAUCUGCUUCAUCAGGGAUUUAUGCAUCGACGCGAUGCAGACAUUCGCCAAUGUUUUUCGAGGGGCCGUCAACGUAAUUGGCAGUAUCAGUUGCGACCAAGUUGAGGACUUUGCCUCCGCCUGCAUUGUCGUUGCUUUGUGCGGCGGAGUCCUUAAGAUGUUCAUGGAUCUUCUCAAGAGGAAUCCCCACGCGAAGCUACUCAACAUGUUUGGGCAACGGGUGACGCAGAGCAACAAUAACAAAGAUUCGACGGCGAGGAGCCACAGCCAGGAUGCGUGUCCUCCUAAGAGAAAGACGGGCAGAAGACGAAAGCAACGAAAUAAUAGACAAUAUCGAUCACAAAGAAAUAACUGAUGCUAUGCA